GAGAAAGCUAAUCUACAAAUGGAAAUGUGGAAAAAUGCGGUGCUGUGGUUACUCGUACUAUUCGUCUUUCAGGUUUCCCUUAGCCUAACAUCAGAAAAAUCAACCCUCGAGUGCAUGCAAGAGUUGAAUAUUGACGAAAGUGCGUUAUCGGCCAUUUACGACGAGAAAUUUCACUUCGUCUUGGGGAAUGAGGACACUUUCAAAUUUUUGGAAUGUUGUCUUCGAAAGAUUCCAUUUUUUGAUAAGGAUGGAGAAUUUGACCGGGCGUUCGCUAUUGAGCAACUCGGUGAAGGUGUUCGGUUAGUCGCAAAUGGAAAGAUCGGCGAUGACAAAGUACCGGAGCUGUCCGAAAGAUGGUUCGAUUUGUGUAAGGGUAAGAAGGGAGAAGCGCUUCCGAAGAGGAUGGCCGCUUAUCAUAACUGUGUAAUGACUGAACUGGAAACCUAUAUUAAAUAAACGUUUAACCAC